UUGGAAUCUGGAAAAGAAUUCUCUGGCAGGAGUGCUGUUCAGAUCAACACUGGAAUUCACACGGGAAAGAAGCCAUAUUGCUGUACUGAAUGUGGUAAACAGUUUUCACGUAUGAACAAUCUGAAGAACCACACUAGAGUUCACACCGGAGAGAAGCCGUAUUGCUGUAUUGAAUGUGGUAAACAGUUUUCACAAAUGGGCCAUCUUCACAAACACACUAGAGUUCACACCAGAGAGAAGCCAUAUUGCUGUAAUGAAUGUGGUAAACAGUUUUCACAAAUGGGCCAUCUUCAGAUACACACUAGAGUUCACACCGGAGAGAAGCCAUAUAGCUGUAAUGAAUGUGGUAAACAGUUUUCACGAAUGGGCAAACUUCAAAUACACACUAGAGUUCACACGGGAGAAAAGCCAUAUUGCUGUAAUGAAUGUGGUAAACAGUUUUCUCAAAUGAGCAAUUUUCAGAGACACACUAGAGUUCACACGAGAGAAAAGCCAUAUUGCUGUACUGAAUGUGGUAAACAGUUUUCACAUAUGAACAGUCUGAAGAACCACACUAGAGUUCACACAGGAGAGAAGCCAUAUUGCUGUAAUGAAUGUGGUAAACAGUUUUCUCAAAUGAGCGAUCUUCAGAGACACACUAGAGUUCACACAGGAGAGAAGCCAUAUUGCUGUACUGAAUGUGGUAAACGGUUUUCACAUAUGAACAGUCUGAAGAACCACACUAGAGUUCACAAGGGAGAGCAGCCAUAUUGCUGUACUGAAUGUGGUAAACCGUUUUCAGAAAUGAGAUAUCUUCAGAGACACACUAGAGUUCACACCGGAGAGAAGCCGUAUUGCUGUAAUGAAUGUGGUAAACAAUUUUCAUUGAUAAGCAGUCUGAAUGAACACACUAGAGCUCACACGGGAGAGAAGCCGUAUUGCUGUAAUGAAUGUGGUAAACAGUUUACACGUAUGAACAGUCUGAAGAACCACAUUAGAGUUCACACCGGAGAGAAGCCGUAUUGCUGUAAUGAAUGUGGUAAACCGUUUUCAGAAAUGAGAUUUCUUCAGAGACACACUAGAAAAUGA